GCCCACAACAGGAAGCCCAAACACUUCAGGCGGUCUUCCUCUUCCUUCGGGCUAGGGUUUCAAGUCAGGUUCUUCCCUCUCUUCGACGCCAGCACCGGUGGAGGAUAACGCCCGCUUCCAGCGAUCCAGAUCGCCGGCGACCGCGUGCCGACGAGCGAUUCUGGGCGACCCUAAGCUCAAUUCGGCGGCCGAGCUCUUUCAUCGUGUGCUCUCGUCGCGCUUCUCCCGACAUUUUGAGGUGGCUCUCUUCAUCUGCUUCCGCAGCAAUCCCACGCCCCUUGCUUCGACCCGCGUUUCCUUAAAAAGAUUCGUCUUUCAAGCUGUCGUCUUUUUCUCUUUCGGUGGCUCUGAGGAUGCAUCGGUUGUAACUCGUUUGCUGCCGAGAAGAAGGUGAAGGUAGUGUUCCGGCUAUCGUUAGCAAUGAGCCUAAUCUUGAGAGUAAGACACCUUUUAUCAAAUGGGUUCCGUGCGUUUCACAAUUCGGCUCCUGGGGUCAUGGCGACUUCACGAUCGAAUUGGGUGUCCCGGAAUCUCUCUCAACCAGCGAGGAAAGAGGAUGACGAUGAAGAAGAGGAAGUGGAGAUAGACCCGAGGAGGCUUCCGGCCGACUAUGAUCCAGCCACAUUCGAUCCCACGGAGCAUCGGAGCCCUCCGACGGAUAGGGUCUUUAGGCUCGUGGAUGAAGUGUCUGGGCUCACAUUGGUCGAGGUGGCGGAGCUUUCAUCGAUUCUGAUGAAAAAAUUGAGGAUGAUGGAGCAGCCGGGGAUUGCGGUCAUGAAAGGAGGAGCUGCCGCCGGGCUGGCCGGGAUGGCUGCGAAGACGACAGCAGCGGCCAAGGAGGAGAAGAAGCCGGAGAAGACCGUAUUCGAGCUGAAACUGGAAUCCUACGAGGCAUCCGCGAAGAUCAAGAUCAUCAAGGAGGUGAGGAGCUUCACGGAUUUGGGUCUGAAGGAAGCCAAGGAUUUAGUGGAGAAGACGCCGGCGGUGUUGAAAGCAGGUGUUUCGAAAGAAGACGGCGAAAAGAUAAUCGAGAAGCUGAAAGCUUUAGGAGCCAAGGCUGUUUUGGAAUGAAGAGUCAAAAGGAAUCAGCAGGUAACUUGUUGCACUUCCAAUUCAACUUGCAUUAUAUAGGCCUAGAAGAUUAGUUCAUGAGUUUAGUGUUCUUGAACUAGAGAGGAGGUUCAUGUGCUAUAUCGAUGUUGGCGAGCUCUUCAUUGGAUCAGUUUCUUUCUUCUCUUUUCCCCUGAUGCUAUAUACCUUGUGAACUUAUUUGCUUCUGGGUUAGCUGGUUUUGCUUUUGGAAAGGAAAGAAGUCACACGUUGUUUGGUCUCUU